ACUGGCCUACUGGGUAGUCAAAAGUCAACCAAAACUUAAAGUUUGAUUGAUCCCCUUCCUCCUCUCUGCCGCUCGCUCCGCCGCCGCCAUGACCGCUGCCGCUCGAGGUCUCCAGUCGGUCUCCCGCGCCGCCUUCUCCUGGCAGCCGACGGGCCGCGCGCAGCAAACGCUCGCGGCGGCGGUGAGCAGGUCGGGCGUGGGGCUUCACUCGGGUGCGCGAGCCACCGCCACGCUACUCCCCACGCGCGCCGGCGAAGGGAGGUACUUCGUCGUGGAAGGGGAGGAGACAAGGGUCGCGGCGGAGGUUGGGAAUGCUGAGACACAGUCCCCUCUUUGCACCACACUGCGGAGUGGAGGCGGCGCUGCUCGGGUGCGCACGGUAGAGCAUCUGCUCUCAGCGAUGGAAGCGCUCGGCGUCGACAACUGCCGCGUCGAGGUCAGCGGCAGCGACGAGGUUCCUUUGCUUGAUGGAUCAGCGCAAGAGUGGGUAGAGGCGAUACGGAGCGCAGGUUUGUGUGUAGCCGAGGAUAUCAGUGGAGAAAAGUUGGAGAAAAUGGCGCCUAAAAUUGACGAGCCUGUUUACUUGCGGAAGGAUGAUUGCUUUGUAUCUGCAUUCCCUUCCUCGCAAAUCCACAUCACCUAUGGAAUUGAUUUUCCAAAGGCACCAGCGAUUGGAUGUCAAUGGUUUACUACUUUCCUCGAUGCUAAUAUAUACUCAAGCAAGAUAGCUCCUGCAAGAACUUUCUGUAUAUUCGAAGAGGUUGAAAAAAUGCGUAGUGCUGGGCUCAUCAAAGGAGGAUCACUAGAAAGUGCUAUGGUUUGCAGUAUGACUCGUGGUUGGCUGAAUCCACCACUGCGGUUUGAGGAUGAACCUUGCCGACACAAGGUCUUAGAUCUCAUCGGUGAUUUCUCACUUCUUGCUCAGAAUGGCAACCAGGGUUUUCCAAUUGCUCAUGUAGUUGCCUAUAAGGCUGGCCAUGCCCUGCACACUAAUUUUCUACGUCAGCUAUCGGGAAGGAUCACGGCAGACCAAGAAAAGCUUGCUUAGCAAGUCUGAAACAUAUGGCUGGUGUUGUUCAUAUGUUGUCGCUGCUGGUAAGGAGGCAAAAUUCAGGAUGAUCGUCUGAUGGCCUUCAUCUUAACAGUCAGACCAGUGUCAGCUUUAUAGUUCGAUUAAAAUCUAACACCUCUCUAUGUAUUUCGUUUACAAACACAAAACGCCGGAAAAAAAAACGCUAGUGUAUUCAUAUCAUUGACAAGCAACUUGUUCAGUUACCUGAACUGUACCAUCGUACUUCCAGAAUAUUUUGUUUUAGGAAUCAUGUAUGUGCUCCGGGUGUUGUAGUUUUAACUUUGGAGGUUAAACUGCUAGUUGUGCCGAGAAA